UACCGUGUAUUAUUACGCAGCGUAAUCUUGUGAGUAGACAUUCCAACGGAUAAUUUAGCUAAAUUCUCUGGAUUUUGGAAUAUAUUUUACUCAAUAUGGAUACGUAAAGUGUAUUAUGGCGUGUCGCUAUAGGGAAGAAUUAGUUGGAAAACGCUUUAUCUCCGUAAGGAGUCCACAAAAGCUUAAAAUCCAAAAAAUAUCCGAAUGGGAAUGGCGGUCCGGUGUGGUACGGGCCGUAAGCAGUAAAGAUUCGAGCAGUCUCGAUUUAUCUGUAUUGAUAGAGUUUGAUGAUAUUGAUUGGACACGACGUGAAUGGGUACGUGUCCAUGAUAUCUUCCAGUUGUUCCUAGUGGAACACACCUUGGUCUGGGCUGAGAGGCCGGACCCAGAUAAACCAAGACAGUCUCUGUCCUGGCCUGGACUGAGUUUUCGUGCAGUAGUGGACAAGGCUGGUUUAGCGGGAUGUAAAAGGAAACCAGUAGAAUUCCUUGUAGACAGAUUCCUGGGUCUUGUUGAAGAAAAAGAGAUCCAGAUAUUUCAGGAAGGUGAUGAAAACUCGCAUCCUACAGCCUCUGCACGACGUGAAGUAAAACACGGUCUGAAGGAGUGGUUAGAUUACCAGGAUGGUCAGAAGAUCCUGCUCACCACACCUACAGUCCUCGUAGGAUACAGACUCGAGGUGUACAGGGCGGAGGGUACCACACAGUGGUAUACUGCUGUCAUACAGUCCUAUAACCAUACUUCAAAGACAUUGUCAGUUACAGAUGACACUGUUUUAGAAGAACACAAUGAGGACCCCACAUUAAUACAGAUGCACCUUAUUGAUGAUGGAGUUGUGAACUCAAUACUGCGGGGCGUAGAAAUUGGUGGAAUUGCUCCCAGACGGCGCCCGCGGGCUGUUAAACAGGAAAAGGAACAACCAAACUCAUCUACGCGGACAAGUAAUUCUUCAGUGACCCACACAACUUCAUCAUCACGCUGCAUAUUGCCGCCAAAAAAAUCUCGAUCUUCACUGCAAACCUCAGCACCAUCUACUACAGCUGCCAUCACAUCCUCUAUAACUGCCGUCACGUCGCCAUCAUUAGACACUGCAGCAAAAACAGAAAUAAAAGGAGCGGAUAAGACAAGUUUGAAGCAGAAAUCAACAAAUUCCAAAGACAGGAAAAGGAAAGUUGAGGCGCAAAUAGUGUCUGAAAACUUGACCUCUAAAAAGAAAACAAAACCACAAACUCCUACUAAAACUGAUUGUGUCAAUACUCAGGUUUCUAACUCUGAUUCUAAUCAACCUGUCCGGGUUUCUCCAAGAAACACCCCGGCUAAGGAACGAAUACGACCUCAAAGAAAUCGUGAACGUGACAAGGAAAGUGAAGAUAGUGAAGAAAAAAGUGUAAAUAUUAAAAAUAAAGAUUCUGCAAAAGAAACUAGUGAAGAGAAGUCGGACAGUGAAAGUUUACCAAGUAAACAACCCAGAACACCUGUAAGAUCACGACAGAGAAAGGACGAUAAAGUAGAAUUACCUUCUUUACGAAGAACUGAUUCACCUAGAAAUCGUGUUGAGUCUCCGAAGGGUACAAGUAAUUCUCCUAGGAGACGGUCCUCAAGUAGGACACCAGCGGAAACAGAAGCAGAAUCUGUGAUUAAGUCUAAUUCAGGGAGCAGUAAAAAAGACAAGAAAACUGAAAAAAGUGAUAAGAAGACGAACAGCAGUGCCAAAACAGAAAAAGGUGAUUUAAAAAGUGAUUUAAAUACUACUAAGCCUGUUAAUGAAAACAACCCAAGCUCAAUUAAAGCAAAACAAAGUGAUAGUGUGGAUAGGGAAAAAGAAAGUAAGGAUUUAGUUGAAGAGAAAGUCAAAGAAAUUAAAAGUGCUUUGAAAAAGAAAGAAAAAGAAUCAGGGAAUGCUUUAUCUGGGGAAUUAAAGGAAAGAAAGUCCCCACGAACAGCAUGUCACGAAAAAGAAGUUAAACGUAAGGAGAAAAAGAAAGACAAUGAAAAUUCUCAGGUAAAAACCACAGACUCCAAAAGGAGAGUAGAUGCGGAACAAGGUAACUGCAUCGAAAAGGAAAAGACUUCUUUAAAUGAAUCAGGGGAUAAUAUGCACUAUAUAAAAAAGAAACAAUCAUUACUUGCAGGGGGUGCUUCAUCAGGAACACCUCAGAAUAGUGGAAUUCCAACAAGCAUUGACUUUAAUCAAUCUGUAACUGACCAGAUUGCUCGUGCAGGGAAACUUUCUUCCUUAAACGGUGACGAUAAAGGUUCUGUACCAAGCACAUUAUCUUCACCAGUUUCUGAUCGUGAAUGUGAAAAUCAGUCAAUACCCAGGGAUAACAGACAUAGUGUAGGCUCUCUCAAUAGCAGUUUACAUAAUACAAACACAAAUUCCAGUUGGUCUCAGGACGAACGAUGUUUGUCACGGAACAGUGACAGUCGUUGCAGUUCGGGACUGAGUGGAGAUGAACUUCAUCGUCCUUCUUCUCGUGUUGAUGAUAUAAAAAGUUCAAAAAGUAGUACUGCUUCAAGUCCAUUAAUUGUUGACAAGAGUGAACCAGUGCAAAUAUAUAGGGACCCAGAAUUGAUGAGCAAAAAUCCAGUGCGGAGUAAUGUGCCAAGUAUGCAUAAUCCUCACAAAUCAUAUCCGCAGGUCCACAAUCCUAUACCAACGCAAGUUUCUCGACCUGCUAGUGUAGGAAUGACUUCAUCAACACCAUUAUCAAGUGCAAUGGAGCGAACUUCUAGGACUCCAGUCAUACCCUCAGUGGCAUAUCCAUCGCCACUUCAAAUGGGUCCUUCAAUACCUGGAGCAUCACUGUCUAGCUUGCUUCCACCAGGUUUACAUCAGUUGGACCCAGCCACUUUGGCAAUACAUCAGCAGAUUGCUGCAGUACAGCAGCAGCAGCUUGCAGCAUUAGCUGCCUCAGAGCAAUAUCGUAAUGCAUUAUCUAUCUAUCCUCCUCCAAGAGGAUCUAUGAACAAAUCGCAGCUUGAACAUUUAUGGCAACAGAAAUACCCAUCUGUGCCAGUACCGCCACCUUGGCUUCUUGCCAAACACCAGGAUGACCUUGUGCGGGAAGCUCGAUUAAUUCAUGAGCAGCAGGAACAACAUUUAGUUGAACGUGAGCGCCUUGAGCGAAUAGAGAGGGAAAGAGAAAGAGACAUACGAGAACAACGCGAAAGAAAAGAGAGGGAAAGAAGAGAGCGUGAACGGAUGGAGAAAGAAAGGCUAGACAGGGAGCGUCGUGAAAGGGAGAAAGUCGAACAAGAGCGAGCAGAACGUGAACGUUUAGAGAGGGAGAAACAGGAGAAGGACCGAUUAGAGCGAGAACACCGAGAACGUCUGGAGCGUGAACGACGUAUCUUGAAGGAAUCCGUGGACUCGCACGCGGCCGUUGAUCAACACUUCUCCGAGUCGCUCAGACUUGCCAGUCAGAGGAACUGGAAGAAGCCCCCAAAUCACAACUCAACCAUGGAUGGUUACCAAUAUGCUAAUGCAAACUACCGUCCAAAAUACAUGGCUGCUCAGACAGGCAUGUGGCCCCAGCCUUCAAUCACACUGGGUACUGGUAAACCCAAACCCGAGUCUCAGCACCCUUCAUCGAAGAUGGGCGAAAUCAAACCAGAAGAAAAGAUUAAACAGGAACAGUUACGGGAGACAGAUUUCCGAUAUGCUGAAAUGAUGCGUAAACAUCAAGAGUUAAUGACACAACAGGAAGAAUAUAUACGCUACCAAAAGAUGCUUUCUUCAGGUGAUCACAAACCGGACAUCAAGCAGGAAAUCCGCAAAGAAAUGGGAUCAUCACCUUAUGAUAGUCACAAUUCCAUAAAGCGUGAACCUGGCUUGUCAAAUGUGAAACAAGAAGUUCAGGCUAAUUUUAGUCUUUAUGGAUACAAGCCUGAGAAAUAUUCAUUCAUCACUACAGAUCAGCUUCAGUCAUAUGAACUAGAGAAGAAUAAGGGUGAUAAAGGUGUGUUAGACUCAAAAUUAAAUCGUUCCCAAUCUCCUCGUAAAAAGGACUUGUCUGUUCCCCCGCCUUUGAUUAAAGACUCGAAACCAUACAGUUCUGUGAUAGUGGAAAACAAAACGAAAGAAGGGGGUGUGAAAUCUUCGAGUCCUCAGUACACAAGUCAUAUGUCACCACAUCACCAGCCUAAACCUGCCCACACUCCGGAACGGCCUCAUUCAAGUUCCUCAAGUCCCGGUUCACAUGGAAUGAAUCCAAUGACUGCGCAUUCACAACAACUUGCCGCACUUCGGGCAGACGCAGCAAGGCAAGGUACAUCUAGAUCUCAAAGUCCGUUGAGAAUUGCUAGUCCUCAGCAACUUUCAGCAGCUGUCAUGGAGCCUAUGGACUACAGAUGUAGCCCAAAUGUAACCAAAACAAGAGGAAGUCCAGGAUCAAACCCGGGCUCUCAUCCAUCAAGUGUUAAUUCAUCAGGAUCUUAUUCUCCUGCUAUAGCUCAACCACCAGUGUCAUUACCUCACUCUUCAGUUCCAUACACAUACAGUUUAAUUCAACAAGGACUUGUCCCAAACCCCAUUUAUUCUAACAAUUCCAAUGGAAAGGGUGGCGAUUCUCAAAGAACUGUUUCGGUAACUGGCACAGCCCAGGUUCCACGAGCCGCCCAAUCCUCUCACUCCUCGUAUAGAGAACAAAUGCAGCAACAAAGUGCAAUGGGAUCAAAACGUAAAGGUCAGAAAGAAGGGAAUGGUCGUAAGAGACAAAAAGGCAGUGAAGUACAGGGUCAUAGCCCUACUGCUUCAAGCAAUAAUAAUCCAUUAAAUUUAUCAGUUCCAUGUACUACUCCACAAAUUGUGUCAAACCAGUCACCUUACACAACAAGUAGUGGUAGCAUUCCUGCCUCUGCGAUGUCCACAACACAGGCCGGAACGGCUACCACCUCAUCGUCACAGGCUAUAGUCAAAAAUAGAUUGCACGGUCUCACUGGGUUUAUGGACAGUUUUAAAUCAUUUGUUGAGAAUACCGUGCAGAAUGCGUUCAUGUCUGAUCCAGAACUUGGCAAGCCAAAAGAAGGUCAGAUGAAGAAGCCACAGAGCAUGGAAAACUUACGAGAUCUUCACCAACAACAUUUACAACAACAAUUAACACACAAACCUCAACCAUAUAAACCUAAAAGUAGCCUUGAAAGGUCAAGUACGCCAGUCACAUCUCAGCCGGGUGCGGCAAAUGAUGAAUCGUCUAAUUUAUCAAAUAGUGGAAAUAGUAACUCUGCUAUGUCUUACGUUGAAAGCAUUAAUCGUGUAGCUAACGGACAAAUUGACACAGACAGUGAUACUUUAAGUGCCCCUAGUCCUCCCCCUCAUUUAAAACAAGAAAACACGCCAUCACCUCAUAAAGCUGCGAAACAUCCAAACUUGAAAAAGGCGUGGCUACAGAGACAUUCCGACGAAGAUAAACAAGAAGCACAACCUCAAGAUCGGGUCACAGGACCAGCAGUCGUAGCGGACUCUGGAAAUGUUAACCAAAAUAACCCGUCUGGUGAGGUUGAAAAAGACAAGGAAGUGAAAAACUGUUACGUAAAUUGUUCUUACAUAUCUCCUGGUAAAGAUGGAAGUAAAUCGCCCAUUAGUGCUAUUCUGCCAAAUGGAAAUUUGGAAAAAUCCGAAACAAAUGACAGUUCCACAACGUCUGCAUCUGAAACAGAAACACAGGCAACAGACAGCAAUUCAAGUAACCCUAAAAAACGAGUUAAGAAUAAGAAAGAGCGAAAUAUUAAUCCUAAGAAACCAAGAAUAGAUUCCGAUGAAAAUUCGUCAACAAGCACCACGGGUCAAACCAAAAAGAAAGGAAACAGACGGGGCAAGGAAUCUAAAACAAAGAACAAUGCGGAUAACAUGUCUGAAGAACAGAUAAAGAAAAUUGUUGAAAACUGCCGAGAAUCUGCAAAAGAGAAAGAUAUCAAGCAGACAGAGGAAGCCUACGAUAAGACGUUAGACUCUGAAGAUGCUGCGGAACAAAAAACUGAGCAGACAGACAUGGAAACAGAUGAACCCAAUGAUGCUGAAAGUAGCAGAAAGUCUGAUAAAAAGGAAAAGAAGAGAAACAAGGAGAAGAAAGAUAAAAAGAACAAAAAGGAGAAAGAGAAACAACAAGUAAAAGAGACGAAAGAAAAGGAAGUGGAGAAGUCAGAUGAAGAAAUAGACAAUGAACCUGUCUACAUCCCUCCUCAAUCCAUGUUUAAAGACUCUGAAACUAAAGUUCAGCAAAGCACUGUGAUCAAAGACUUGGUACGAGUCCCAGACUCUGUCCUCCGCAAGACCUGCGAGCCAUUCCUGCAGGAUGGAUCCUGUAGCGAAGUCACACCAAAACUUAUGAAAUGUCGAGAAUGUAAGAUGACUCCUACACAGAGAGGCAAAACUGUUCCAAACAUUUUCUGUAGAUUCUACGCAUUUAGAAGGUUAAAGUACAGUCAGCGCGGAUUUGUUACCAUUGAUGGAUUCUCCGAACUAUCGGACGCUGAUCAGGAUGACAUAGACCCUUGGAUUCCUAAAUCGCCGAUCAUAGAACCGAAGAUCGAUGUGGAUACGGCACGAUUCAUUAUCCGUCGUCUUGGUGACAAAUUCUGUGAAUUGAUACAGCAAGAAAAAGAGGCUCAUGUUUGUGCUGGGGAUAAUGCCAAGAUAGCAUGGAAGAGGGCUGUGACAGGUGUUCGUGAGAUGUGUGACGUUUGUGACACCACUCUGUUCAACAUGCACUGGGUGUGUCACAAAUGUGGUUUUGUCGUCUGCUUGGACUGUUACAAGGUCAAGGCCAAGGAGGUGGACGAGGACUCUGAUUCUGAGGACGUGAAAGGGGAUGAUGAGGACCAGAGGCAGUGGCUCACGUGCAGCGCUAACAGACAGGCUCAUGACGUAGAUAAACUGAUGUUGACCCAGAUUAUACCGUCUGAUGCUCUAUGGGAAGUAGGUCGAAUGGUGCAUGAGGUUCGGGACAGGUUCCAGAUUUUACGGGCUUGUCAAUGUAGUCCUAAAAUAACAACAAAGAAAAAUGGAAUUAAAACUGACUUAAUGAAUGAAGCAAUAAAACAAUUAUCUCCGAAGAAGAAAAUGGUAAAUGGUGUUGGCGGUGAUGAAAAAUCGAAAACAAAAAAUGGGAACAUUAAAAAUGCAGUGUAUAAUCCAGACAGCACGUCGCCACUUAGUCUUUUGGCUGACGUUGCUUCAAUGGACUCUGAGAAAACUCGUGACCGAAGUGAAUCUCCGCUGCUGACAAAAAAGAAAGAAGGAAAGAACGGAAAGUCGUACAAUCCUAUCACUGAGCCAGUAUCACCAGGAAGUAGUGAGAAAAAGAUGCCCCCAAGUUGUUCAACAUUACGCGAAUUGCUUACAAAAACUGCUGGAAGUAAAGUGAAAAAUAACAAUGAGUCCAAAAAGAAAUCUAAGAAUACUAGUUCACUUAAUGACAUUAUACAAAAAGUUGUUGAGAAGCAUAUCCCAAAAGAAAUUGAAAAAAAUGGACCUUUGACCCCUAUAGAGGCAGAUGAACCUGAAAUGAAACUGCUUCAUUAUAAGCCUCGAUUUGGGGCAAGUCAUUGUUUAGUGCGUGAAACCCCUAUCAUAGCCCAUAAUCUAACAGAGACAAGUGUUCUUUAUCCAGAUGUACCUCACUCAUGGCUCUGUGACGGUCGCUUAUUACGACUUCACGAUCCACGUCACAAAGGUAAUCUGAGAAUUUUCAUGGAACAGUGGAAGAGAGGCCAGCCGGUUCUGGUGUCUGGUGUAGAUAAAUAUGUGAACGAAGAUCUGUGGAAGCCUGCAUACUUCACGAAACAUUUUGGACAAUUUGAGAAUGACCUCAUCAACUGUAGAACUGGUUGUCUAGUUGUAAAUCAACCUAUGAAACAUUUCUGGGAAGGUUUCAGUUGUAUGGAAGAGCGACUGGUAGAUGAAGAAGGCACUCCUAUGUUACUAAAAUUAAAAGACUGGCCACCAGGUGAUGACUUUAGUGACAUUCUACCCCAGCAAUUCAACGACUUGAUGCAGUCUCUACCAUUGCCCGAAUACACCAAACGUGAUGGUCGCCUAAACCUUGUCUCACGUCUCCCAGAUUUUCUAGUCAAACCGGACCUCGGACCAAAGAUGUACAUUGCUUAUGGUUCCGCCCAGUAUCCAAAGGAAGGUACCACCAACCUUCACCUUGAUGUUUCUGACGCUACUAAUGUAAUGGUCUACGUUGGUUACCUCGAGGACGAGGAAAGAGGUAGAAUACCAAAAGAUCAGGAGACGAACAAAGCCAUUGAAAUGGCCCGAUGUGACCCAAUCACAAAACGUCGUAUCCGAGAAGUACGGGAAACUCCUGGAGCACUCUGGCACAUCUUUGAUGCUGUUGAUGCGGACAAAAUCCGAGAUUUUUUAAAUAAGGUCGGAAAGGAACGAGGAGAAAAAAUUGAACAACACCAUGAUCCCAUCCAUGAUCAGAGCUGGUACCUAGACGAAGAUUUGCGAGAUCGAUUAGCCAAGGAGUAUAACGUGCUUGGCUACACCAUACUACAGUGCCUAGGAGACGCCAUAUUUGUUCCUGCUGGCGCCCCGCAUCAAGUACGAAACCUCAAUAACUGUAUCAAAGUAGCGGAAGACUUUGUUUCUCCGGAAAAUGUGCACCAUUGCUUUCAGCUUACGCAGGAGUUCAGACAUUUGUCGGCAGGACACUCGAAUCACGAGGAUAAAUUACAGAUUAAGAACAUUGUGUAUCACGCUAUAAAAGACGCAACAGCUGUGUUAAAGGACGCCAGUCCAGAAGAUCUCGAGGACUAAAUGUUAAUACAAAAAGUUGAAUUUGGAACAGUCAAUUUUACCAUGUGACAGUGUGAAUUGUUUUUACUUGUGCUGAAAAUUUACGCAUAGAAAGUGCUGGAUGUUUUUUUUGUAAAAGUGCAGUUUUAUUUAACUGUAGAAUAAAACGAGACAAAAGGACAAAUCACAAGGAAUUCAAGGGAGGUUACUAUUACAUUCCUUGUGAUACAAAAUUAAUGAAUUCUUAAAUUAUCAGUAAGUUGAGACGCGCUUAUUAACACCAUAUGUACGAUAUUAAAUAGCUAAAAUAACAACAAUUAUUUAGUUAUAAUUGAUCUACAAGUAUUUAUAGACGUAGCGGAGCGGUAGGCUUUGAAUAGGAGAGACUUGAAUUACAAAGUUGUUGUAAACUUUUCUAUUGAUCUCAAUUACAUUUUAAUAUUAGCAUUGUUCUAGUUGUUAUUGUUGUUAUCACUCAUGUAGAUAUAUGGUCACAUGAUUGGAUCAUGUGACUUAGUCAUGUGGCAUGUAUGUAACUGGGAACACUUAAAAUAGAAACAAGAGCUUGGACUGUGUGUAUUACAGCUUCAUUUAUCUGUUCUGUACACCAAAGCUUCUGGUUUUUUAAUCACGGUAUUCUUGAUUUACCGGUACAUAUUGUUGAACAUGUUGAUGUUCAACUGAAAGAUAGAAUCAGACUUUAUUAACAUGCUCAUGUUAUACCUAGUUAAAUAGGUCAUAAUAAUUAGUUAAGUGAUUAGAAUUUCAGAUUAUUGCCAUUUUAAUGAUUUUUUUUCCCCUUUCCUACUGGUAUUGUUUUUGUUAUGAUAUAAACAGGGACUGCUUUUUGUAUAUGAAAACACAUAUAGGGCUUGCCAUUCAUUAUUUCAAACAUUUUUUCUUCUCUUACAAUUUUUGGAGAACCAAGCACAUUCAGUCAUCCCAUUUGAAGCAACCAAACAAUUGUUUCAUUUUCUGUCUCAAAAUGAAAUUAUCAUUUAUUUCUUUUUCAUGGCGUUACAGAUUAGCAGUUAAAAACAUUUUAAAAAAUGUGUUCAAAUAUUUUUUUUUGUAAUUCACAAGGCCUGUAGGUACAAUACUGUAGUCAUUGAUGUAGUCCGCAGCAGUUUAAUAUAUAUAUAAUUGAAAUAUUGAAUCAAUUACCGAUAAAGGUAAAAAAUUGUGUUGUUUUUGUGUUGAAAGUACUUAACAAAUAUUGUUGCCGUUUUUUCUUUUAUUUAACAGUAGUAGCAUAAGUUUUUGUUGCUUCUAUCGUGAAUCUUUGAACGAAAUGACCGUAAAUUGUUGUGCGGGGAAAUGUGUCAGUAGAAAUAUUAGAUCAUAUUAAUGAUUAUAAAAAUUUUAUAAUGCUUAAAUAUGUUAACCACAAGUAUGUGGUUAAAAUAUUGUAAAUGUUCCUCUUUUUUUUUUCUUCUCUUUUCGAGAAUACUUAUGAAAUUGUGUAGCGCUAUUAAGAAAAAUAAAACAGACGUAUAUUAAUGUUUAUCAUUGUUAAUCGUUUAUUUUCAGAUUGUUUAUCAUAAUGUAGUAUUGUUUAUCAUUAAUGUAGUAUUUGUUUUAUGGCAUCUCUUGUCAACACAUAUGUUACACAUAUACAUUUUGAUCUUUGUUAAAUGUAAAUAUGCUAUAGAGCUAUUUUUAUAUAAAAACAAAUCUAGCAUAUAUCUAUUAAUAUGGCUAUUAUUGUACUUGUGGGAGCCCAGACUUCCGGGCUUCUGGAAGUCUAGGCUCUCUUAUUUGUUCCUAUUAAAAACAGAUUUCUCAAAUAUAAAA